GCUGCCCACUCUCUGUCUCUCUCUCACUUUCAAGUCGUCUCUGUCUCUCACUCUGCACAUGAUCUGUUUUCGAUUUUUGAUCCACUUCAAAAACCCUCGGCUCAGUCCAUUAUCAGUGGACGAAUUCGGGUGAAACAAACCAAGAGUUCACUUCGGAAACCCUAGGCUCAUUGGUAUCUCAUCACGAAUCAUCGAUCUCAUCACUUAAGGGUUCUUUAAUCUUUUUACACGAAGCUUGGGAAUUUUCGAAUUUGAAGUGGCUUAUGAUUAUAGCCUAUACGCUAUGUCUGGUUGAUGUGAAGUGAUGGCGAAGGUGUUUUCUUAAUGAUCGAUUCGAAAUGGGGAAGCUGGGGAAGAAGGCAAGGAAGUUCGCAAAGAAGAAUCUUCAGUCAGUUCUUAAGACCAGACGAAAGACCAAGGCUCUGCUCAAGAGCAGAUAUUCUUCCAAAGGUAAGAAGGAUAUUGUUCAAGACCAGGUGAGGAGUACAGCAGUCCUCCCAAAACAAAGGGACCCUGAAGGUGAAGAGUUUGAAGAUAUAUCUCUUGAUGAUAUAUUCGCUGAAGACGACAGUGAUGUUGCCGAAGAUGCUUCAGACAGUGACGGAUUUCUUUCAGAGGACUCAGAUGGUGCACAUAGUACCCCAAGUCAAAUUGAGAUUAAGAUAGAAGACAACAAUAAUCUGAUGGGCCUAUCAGAGCACAACGCUAAAAUCAACGAGGGACUUGCUAUGCAGAAGAAAAAAUUGAACAGGUUGAAGAAGAAGGACCCAGAGUUCACUGAGUUCUUGACAAGCCAGGAGAAGGUCCUUGAGGUGUUCCGAGAUGAAGAUGUGGAUUCUGAUGAAGAUGGAACAAGUGAUCACACUACGCAGCUAGUGGAUGGAGAGAGUCCUGUUUUGAAUAAGCAGAAAAUUUUCACAAGUUCCGUCAUUAAUUCUUUGUGUCAACGAGUUAAAGAGGAGCAGAAUGAGUCUGCCCUUAUUAGCCUUUCAAAUGUGUAUCGUGCUGCAUGCCAUCAUGGAACUGAGUCAAUUGAUGUCCCUGAGACUGCAUCAUGCCAAAGAUAUCAGAAUGGAGACACUUUCGGCCACAUAUUGAUGUUCAUGCUACGUGAGGCUGAUAAUAUAUUUCGGGGCCUGUUGAAAAUACCCUCUUCAAGUAACAAGAAAGAAAUCCUUUUGGAGUUGAAAGAUACUCCUAGGUGGAAAAGGCUUAGGCCACUCAUCAAGUCUUACCUGAGGAGCACAUUAUUUCUGUUGAAUCAGCUCACAGACUCUGAGAUACUGGCUUUCUCCUUAAGCCGAUUGAAAGCUUCUAUGAUAUUUUUUUCUGCUUUUCCAUCGUUAUUGAACAGGUUGAUCAAGGUUGCAGUUCAAUUCUGGGUUUCUGGUGAAGAGGUUCUAUCAUCAUGUUCCUUCCUUGUAAUACGGAAUGUGGCUGUUGUAUUUGGCUCCGAAUGCUUUGACAUUUGCUUAAUAAGGACAUAUAAAGCCUAUAUUGCUCACAGCAAAGUUGUUGACCUAGUCAAUAAAAAACAUAUGCAGCUCUUGGGCAGCUCAUUUGUUGAGCUAUGCUCCUUUGAUGUGCAUAAAUCAUGUAAUAAGGCUCUUCUGUCUAUUCAGCAACUUGCCAAGAUAUUGAAGCAGGGUCUACGAACAAAGAAGAAGGAAGCACUCAAGAAAAUAUGCAGUUGGCAGUACGCAAACUGCAUUGAUCUCUGGGUUUUGUUUAUAGCAGCGAAUAUACGUGAUUAUGAUCUUCAGCAUAUGCUUUAUAUGAUGAUUCAGCUCAUAAAUGGAGUAGCUUGCCUUUUUCCAGGACCAAGAUAUUUCCCUUUGAGAUUAAAGUACAUUCAAUGGCUAAAUCAUCUUUCUAGUUCGAGUGGGAUCUUCAUUCCUGUUGCAUCAUUAGUGUUAGAUGUGUUGGAAUAUAAAAGUGGUAAGGAGGGUGGUAAACCUGGAAAGGUCUGCGACUUUUCCUCUGUUUUGAAGUUGCCAAAACAUUUGUUAAAAUCACGAAACUUUCAGGAGGAAUGUGUUUUCUCUGCUGUCGAACUACUCUCUGUGCACUUUUUUCAGUGGACCUGCCACAUCUCCUUCCCUGAACUAGCAACUACUUCACUUAUCCGCCUAAGAAAGUUUCAUGAAAUAGCAACCACUGAAAGUUUGAGGCGCGUGGUGAAGCGUCUGAUUGAUCAGAUGGAGCAGAAUGUUGAGUUUAUCCAGAAGAAAAGAGAUGAGGUAGCCUUCUCACCGAAAGAUCAUCAAUCUGUCGAAUCAUUUCUUCAGCUUGAAAAGGGCACUCUGAAUGCUCCAUUUACUCAGUAUUACAAAAGUGUCAUGCAAAAGGCCUUCUCGAGGAAUAUGACCACUAAUGGAGUUAACAGGUGCAGUUCAUUUAGUCUAAUCUCCUCCCCGCGGUUAUCUGGGAUUUUAUUCCAUCUUUUGCUAGCUUUUAAUGUAUGGCACGAUAACAGUCCUGAUGGCUUACCACACUCUGUUUGUCCCAAAACAUUGAUGCUGACCAAGAAAUGAACUAUGGACCGAUCUUUGGCAUGACUGAAUUAUUGUAAGGCUUUGUGUCGCAGGUGGAACUUCUUUUGUUAUAUUUUAUAGUUCUUUUUUACCACUAGUCAAUUACUUUUCUGAGCCUGUUAAUGCUUGUUUUUGUGCACGACAAAAUCUGGCCGAUUUUUGCCAUACAGCGUCAAAAUCUAUGCCAGUAAAUUGAGUAUAAAACGUGUAUCUGGAUGAUAGUUUUACAUUCAACAGGCACUUGGGUUGGUUAAUUUGGCUAAUGUACCGUGAGCGUGCGUUAUUUCCAGACACUGAAUGUGGAAGGCUCAUCACUUUCACCACACUUCCUAAAAUGUGGAAGAGUAGGAGUCAUGGAGGCACACACUUUAGUGUAAGGACUUGCUUUAAAUCAGGAGGCAGCUCUCACUUACAGAAUAGGGCAAAGAAAGUUGAAUCAAGUGUAACGUCAUGUGUCUUGAACACGACUCGCUGUGUACCAUACCUUUUUAUUCUCCCACAUAUUCUUUUGAUUCCAUCCAAAUUUAAGUCUUCAUUUGGUCAAAUUUUUGAUAGCUUCAUCUGAAAAUGAGGUGAUUGGUCUUCUGGAAUGCGCUUUUAGAACAAAAAGCUGUCUAAUUCAUAUUGUGGGAAGUUGCCAAAGUAAAGCUUCUUUGCCGCGAAUUUACUUUUUGUGUGCCAUAAGUUGUUGCAUUCUUGGCGACAUGGAAAUCUUGUUGAGUUCCAUUUUAGGUAAACCCUUUGCGUGAAUUUUUUAGCAGACUUGGGUUGUCUGUAGUUUUCUUUCCUGAAUCGAACAACCUUAGGUUAAAACUAAUAUUUUCUUUCUUGGCACUUUUACGUGGUUCAUGUGUUUUUUUUUCUUCCAAUAACUGUACUUCAUUCAUUUUGGGAUUAUUUCUGCAGUUCCCUGGAGCAUAAGAAAACAAAGACGAAGAUGAGAGUUACUAGUAUCCUCAAGUGACGGGGUAAAUGGCGUCAAU